AUGGGUGGAUCUCGCUGCUCUGGAAGAGUAGAGGUGUAUGAUGGGAAGUCCUGGAGCACAGUGUGUGAUGCUGACUUUGACCUGCAGGAUGCAGCGGUUGCAUGCCGAGAGCUGGGCUGUGGGGUUCUUGUAAAGGUGCUGGGAGCAGCUGCUUUUGGCAAAGGGGAGGGUCAGGUGUGGUCAGAGGAGAUUCAGUGUCGAGGCAAUGAAUCUCAGAUUGCCCUCUGUCCUACAUCAUCUUCACAGAGACGGAACUGUUCCCAUGACAAUGAUGUGGGACUGGACAUAAAAAAAACCAGACUAUCUGAGGGUUCUCACCUGUGUUCUGGGAGAGUGGAGAUAUUUAAUGGGAGGACCUGGGGCACGGUGUGUGAUGCGGACUUUGACCUGCUGGAUGCAGAGGUUGUGUGUCGAGAGCUGGGCUGUGGGGUUCCUGUAGAGGUGCUGGGAGCAGCUGCUUUUGGCAAAGGGGAGGGUCAGGUGUGGUCAGAGGAGAUUCAGUGUAAAGGCGACGAAUCUCAUAUUUUCUUCUGUCCGAUGUCACCUUCACAGAGCCAGAACUGUUCCCAUGACAACGACGUGGGACUUAUAUGUUCUGCUUACACAGACUUCAGACUAGUGAACGGCUCUGACUCCUGCUGUGGUCGAGUGGAGCUACAGUACCUCAGUGAGUGGGGCACAGUGUGUGAUGCAUCAUGGGAUACCAGAGCCUCCAAUGUCCUCUGUAGACAGCUGAAUUGUGGGAGUGCCGUAGCUGUAGUGGGUGGAGACUGGUUUGGGGAGGGGAGUGGCCAAAUAUGGUCUGACGUGUUUGAUUGCCAUGGGAACGAGACACGCCUCUCAGCAUGUGUCAUCUCUUCAUGGAGUCGAGCUGCAUGCUCUCAUAGGCAGGAUGCUGGAGUCAUCUGCUCUGGUUCCUCUAUGUCUGUUCAUUAUGGACGAGCGCGGCUGGCUGGAGAGAGGGAGUGUGAAGGAGAGGUGGAGGUUUACCUCCAUGAGGUUUGGAGGAGAGUUCUCCUGGACUCCUGGAGUGUCACUGAAGCUUCUGUGGUCUGCAGACAGCUGGGCUGCGGCUCUGUGGUAAAGUUCUACGGUUCCUCUCCGUCCAGCCCAGGGGCCAGUGAUGAGUGUCUGACUGGUUUCCAGUGCUCUGGGACAGAAGCUCAUCUGGGGAACUGCAGCUCUCCUCAAACUACAACCUGCAGCUCCAGCCAACAGCUGUCAAUCAUCUGCUCUGGUGAGUAUUAUCCAGGUCACAGGUCCCUCAGACUGGUGGGCUCUGGUAGUGACUGUGCAGGGCGUCUGGAGGUUUUCCAUGAAGGCUCAUGGGGAACAGUGUGUGAUGACUCCUGGGAUAUUAAGGACGCCCAGGUUGUGUGCAGACAGCUCCAGUGUGGAGAGGCUCUGAGUGGCCCAGUUCCAGCCUGGUUUGGUCCUGGAACUGGACCCAUAUGGCUAGAUGAGGUGGACUGCAUGGGGAACGAGACGUCCUUGAGGAACUGUCCGUCAGAGGGAUGGGGACGACAUGACUGUGGACACAAGGAGGACGUGGGAGUGCUCUGUUCAGAGUUUAAAGAGAUCAGACUGACUGAAGGCUGCUCUGGGAACCUGGAGGUUUUUUACAAUGGAACCUGGGGUAAUGUCUGUAUGAACCAGAUGGACUCAGACACAGUGUCUUUAAUCUGCCAAGAGCUGAACUGUGGAAAGAGUGGCAGUGUGGACUGGGCCAGAUCCAGAGUGAAUUCGGCUCUAAACUGGAUUGAUGGUGUUAAAUGCAGGAAACAUGACAUCAGUCUGUGGAACUGUCCAUCCUCACCCUGGGGUCAGAAUGAAUGUAGUGAUUUAGAAGUUGCACAAAUUGACUGUUCAGAGGAUAAAAGCAAAACCCUAAGAAGCCACCUGUCAUGUUCAGCAUCUCCAAACCACAGAACAUGUUCAGAUCAAUUACCACUCAGACUGGAGGGAGGAGAGGACCAGUGCUCUGGGAGGCUGGAGGUUUAUCAUAACGGUAUCUGGGGCUCAGUCUGUGAUGAUCUCUGGGACAUUAGAGAUGCUCAGGUGGUGUGCAGACAGCUGGGCUGUGGGCCGGCACUGAGGGCUGAUGGGAGUGCUGCCUUUGGUCGUGGAGAGGGAGCUGUGUGGUUGAGCAGGGUGGAGUGCACAGGGAAAGAGAUCCACCUGUGGGACUGCUCUCUCUCCCUGAAGAACCACACUGACUGCUCCCAUAAGGAAGAUGCUGGCCUCACCUGUACAGGUAUGAGUGGGCCAGUGGUUUCUGUGGCCAUUCUCUACUUGUCUAAUGCAUCUACGUGUGCACCUCACUUACACUCAACCCCCCGUGUACAGACUCAGCCACCGGCCAAUCUGCCCAUUUCCACUGCGCUGUUCCUGGUUCUAGGAACACUGCUCCUACUGUUGCUGGUGCUUCUGGUUGUGCUGUUUUAUCAGAAUAGAGCACUGAGGAGAGCUCUCUCCAAGAGGAGACACAUGACUCUGCAUGAGGUCGUCUAUGAGGAGAUUGAUCACAGACUCAUCACUGAGAGAACCACAGACUCUGUUCAGAGGGGUCGCCUUCUCUCUGAAGGACAGAACUCUGGUUAUGAGGAUGUUGAGGAUGACCUCUUCUCAGCAGAGUCUCUGACAGAGGAAAUGGUGGAGUAUUAUGAUGAUGUGAAGACUAUCAGUGGCCUGAAACAGGAGAUGGUGACACUGGACUCUACUGAGAACUAUGAUGAUGUCAACAGUACAGGACAGAGUCCAGACAGUGUGAUAGACCUAAUCAGUUCUGAGGUGUUAAUGGAGGACUAUGAUGACGUCAUCACAUCAGGCCAUGUUCCAGAUGAUUUGAUUGAUGGAGUGGAAAAGUGUGACGAUAUGGAGAUUAUGGAUGAAAACCAAGAAAACCAGUUAGCAGAGUCUCUGACAGAGGAAAAGGUGGAGUAUUAUGAUGAUGUGAACACUACCAGUAGCCUGACAGAGGAGGUGGUGACACUGAAUUCUCCAGAGAACUAUGAUGAUGUCAUCAGUAUGGGACAGAGUCCCGACAGUGUGACUGAGACAGUUAUAGAAGAACCACCAGAGGAUUAUGAUGAUGUCAUCACUAGUCAAGCUGUGCGGUGUAUUAACAGACUGCGAAUGUCAGGCGGUUGUGGCUGGUCAUAUGAGUGUAAAACGAGCAGACUCCGCUCCAUAGUGGGGCUUACAAGAUGCUGCUAUUUCCAGCUCACUUCGCCCAAGAGCGUGGCUAGGGAACGGGACACAUCCAGGGGCUGGCUCCUGGCCCCCUUACCAGUGGCUGUCAAUCAGCUCCUCUGGGAUCCCCCUGCCUCUGCCCACCAGCUCAUAAUCAAACCCCUGAUUGGCCCAAUCGGCUGUGAGAAUGGAGGUGCAGACUGGGGUCCUGAGGAGCAGACUUAG